CCACCCAUCCACCAUCCACCCCCCGCUGCUCAGGCUGCUGCUCAGAGGCGUGCGUAAAAACGGAGCUGGACCGAACCACUUUAUCCCACAGUGGCUCGGACCAGCGCGCGGUGCGACACCACGGAGGGGGGGUGCGGGAAGCAUCCUGUCUGCACGCGCUGCGUUCACGCAAGGCGGGGUGAGGAAGAGGAGGAGGAGGAGGAGGAGGAGGAAGCCUCUCCUGGAGGCAGACAAUGCGGCGUGUCGAUGCGCUCAGCGCUGCUCUCCAACCGAACCGGGCUGCGGGGAAGGCGGCGGGCGAACCCUGCGCGUCGUGACUCGGUUCUCCUCCUUUGGUUCUGGAUCCGGGAUCCACGCCGAACAUUUCCCCGCACGGUUGCCAAGGAAACGGACCAAAGAUGAAAUUUCCAAUAGAAAAUCCGACAAAGCAAGUAAACUGGGACCCAGAACAAGUGGCGGUCCAGACCCACUUGGUCCCCCCCAAAAAGAUGCAGCCCGGCAUGGUGAAGUCCAGCCUGGUCCACGCCAGCGUGGCCACCAUGCAGAACCCCAUGGGCUACGACCCCAGGACCAGCGGUCACUGCGCGCUCCCACGCCUCUCCAUCUCCUCGCGCUCGGCCAGCAUGGUGGCCAGCCUGGACGCCAGCAGCGACGGCUCCCUGGCGGCGCUCCAGUCGGUGAUGAAGUGGAAGACGGUGAUGGCUGUGUUCGUGGUGGUGGUCCUCUACCUGGUCGCUGGAGCUCUGGCAUUCAAGGCUCUGGAGCAGCCCUUUGAGAGCAACCAGAAGACAAGCAUCACCCUGGAAAAGGCCUCCUUCCUGGACAGACACCCCUGUGUGACCGCUAGCGAGCUGGACGCCAUCAUCAAGCACGCCAUAGACGCCGUGAGCGCAGGAGUCCGGCCGAUCGGAGAAACCAACAACUCCAGCUACUGGGACACGGGCAGUGCCUUCUUCUUUGCUGGGACAGUCAUCACCACCAUAGGUUAUGGAAACAUCGCCCCCAGCACGGAGGGAGGGAAGAUCUUUUGCAUUCUCUAUGCCAUCUUUGGCAUCCCUCUCUUUGGCUUCUUGCUGGCGGGGGUGGGAGACCAGCUGGGGACCAUCUUUGUGAAAAGCAUCUUACGGGUUGAGAAGAUAUUCAGGCAAAAACACAAACAGAUCAGCCAGACCAAGAUAAGAGUGACGUCCGCCAUUUUGUUUAUCCUCGCCGGCUGCAUCGUCUUCGUCACCAUCCCCGCCGUGAUCUUCAAACACAUCGAGGGUUGGACCACCUUGGAGGCCAUCUACUUUGUGGUGAUCACGCUCACCACCGUGGGGAUCGGAGACUACGUAGCAGGCGGAAACCGGACCAUCGAAUAUAUGACCUGGUACAAGCCUCUGGUGUGGUUCUGGAUCCUGGUGGGGUUGGCUUACUUCGCCGCUGUCCUCAGCAUGAUCGGGGACUGGCUGAGGGUGCUCUCCAAAAAGACCAAGGAGGAGGUGGGAGAGUUCAAGGCUCACGCCGCGGAGUGGAAGGCAAACGUCAGAGCCGAGUUCCGGGAAACCAGGAGGCGUCUGAGUGUGGAGAUCCACGACAAACUGCAGCGGGCCGCCACCAUCCGCAGCAUGGAGCGUCGUCAGCUGGGCCUGGAGCAGCGGGCUCAGUCGCUCGACGUUCUGUCCCCAGAGAAGCGGGCCAUGUUUGCCAAUCUGGACGCAGGACGUUUCAAAACCUCUUCCCAAGAGAACAUCGACGGCAAACUGAACAACCUGAGGCUGAAGGGGGCGUGCGAGGCGUACGAGCAGCAGAGCAGCGAGCAAGCCCCGCAGACGGCAUCUUCCUCAGAGGAGAACCUCUUCAACGUGCGGUUCGGGUCGCUCACCAAGCUGGCCAGGCGCAAUAAGAGCCGCGACCUGUGCAGGAACAUCCCAGGAGAUUCCUGGCGUACCAGCAUGGCCAUCAACAUGCCGACACAAGGAGAGGAGAGAACGGGGGAGGAAGACGGGGAGCCGGACGAAGAGAGCCGAGAAAAGAAGGAGGAAAACACCAGCCUGACUAACCUGUCGCAGUUCGCAGCAGAGCGCAGCAAACUGAACGGGUUCUCGCCAACACAGGCCAAGGACCGAGGGAACGAUUAGACACCAAAGGCUGCAGAUACAGACUGGAGAGAAUGAAACUCAGACUGAGUCACAGAGCGAGUCCUCUGAGAAACGUGCCUUUUCUGUUUCCUAUGCUUCGACUGGAACCCGUGCCGUCAUAUUCAGUCAUCGUGCCAAAACGGAACGGAGCGACAGGAGAGCCUGUUGCUGGUUUACCUCAUUUCCCUGUCUGUUGCUGUAAAACGGUCGACCUGUGGCGUGUAGUGGAGCUGCCGCGUCGUCCGGACCUCCAUCUCUCAUUUCAUUUACCUGUCACGUCACGGACUGCAGAGACUCCGUGGAUCAUUCUGUCAUCAUCUCAUUCUGCGUUGGCUGUCGAUGUCCCAGCGGCCGGCUGUAAAGACCUCAGCGUUACUGACCGCAGUCUGGAAGGUUCGCAGGACCCAUAAACAAUGCUACUAGCUACUUAGAGAACAUGUGCAAUUAUUCCUACAUUAUAUGUGGCUUUGCAUAUGUAGCUGACAGUAAAAAAAACUGCUAAAUACGAAGAUCUGUCAAAAGACUAUUAAUAAAAACAAAGUAUACACAAUGCAUGGCGAUUAAAAGACAACCAUAGCAGCUAGCUGGAAUAACCUAACGAGUUACAGCUGUUUUAAUGUCUCCUUUUUGUGAAAAAAAAGAGAAAAUGUUUGGCUUUCACUCCUAGUUCUGCUCAUUCACUCUGAAACUAAUGUGUUCUUGUAACGUCUGAUUGUGAAUCAACGCUAGCAUCCAAACAGCUCUGGCACCCCAGCAUUUUCAGCAACGUUCACCCUUCGCUGUUUUCUACACCUUUUUCAAUCUGCCUUUUAUUUAGAUCCAGAUUUUCCAGCUGGACUCUGUUCAUGAAUGUGAUGCUGUUGAUUUUUUACUCACAUGCACGUUUGCAUCUGUCUGUUCAGCCAUUAUGCACCUUUGUUUUCUGUAUUUUCCAUUAAACUCUAACAUGGAUAAAAUCA